AUGGAUCUGCGUGGGGGAGGUGGGAAGCAGGGUGAUUCUUCCCUUUCUGCUACUUCUACGACUGCGAGUCCUGCUACACCACAGCAGCAGUAUAUCCCGCCCCCGCCUCUUCUGCAAUACACGAGUGCGGAGCCACACCACGGUCAUCAGCUUCAUCAUCAUCAUCUUCCCAACGGGGUAAUUCCCUCUUCGACGUCGACCACCACGACGACCUCGUUAUACACUUCGGACCCCGUUCAUUGGCAGCACUACCCGCCGCACCAAGGGUACCACCACAACCAGGCAUUCCCCGACGCAUCGAGUUCGUCGUCGGCACAUCCUAGUCCCAUCCUGCCACCACAAUCACAGCACCUCUCGGCCAAGCCUGCAAGCGCUUCUACACUUGGCAAGCGGACCAGAGACGCGGAGACUAGUUUCGCCGGGAACGCCGCUUCCACUUCAGCUUCCACCAACACCACCACCGUCGCCGCUUCUUCUCCUACUACCACGACCACCGCCGCUCCUCCGAGGAAACAGGUCAAGCGUGAACGCGGGCAGUCGGUUUCUACUAUUUCCAACACCACUACUACGAAUACGAAUACGAAGAUGGCGAGCAGUUCAGGAUCGAGAGGGACCUCGAAGGAGAGGGGGAGCAACGACGAUCCUAUGCCCCAGACGAGUGAUUUCGUGAAAAAGUUGUACAAGAUGCUCGAAGACCCAACCUUCCAGCCGGUGGUAUCGUGGGGUCCUCAAGGCGACUGUUUCGUCGUAAAGGACAUGAACGAAUUCACGAAAUCCAUUCUACCCCGGCUGUUCAAGCACUCGAAUUUCGCGAGCUUCGUACGGCAGCUGAACAAGUACGAUUUCCAUAAAGUGAAGAAUACGGAUGAUAACCAGUUUGGUGAACAUUCCUGGAUAUUCCGCCACCCCGACUUCCAAGCCGACCGCCGCGAUGCCCUCGAAAACAUCAAACGCAAAGUGCCCGCCCAGCGCAAAAACGCAGCGGCCGCCGCCGCCGCCGCACAACAACAACAACAACAACAACAACAAGCCGCAGCAGCAGCAGCAGCCGCGCUUCUCGGCGGCUCACCCUCCUCCCUCGGUUUCCCGCCAGGCCUCGCUGGCUCCCUGGGCGUCGCGGGGUUUGGCCCGCAAGGCCCGAUUGGAUAUGUGCAGGAACUGCAUAGCGAGAUUAGGAGGCUGAAGGAUGAUAAUGAGGAUUUGAAGGGGAGGUUGAGGAAUUUGGAGAGGAAUUAUGAGAAUGUCCUCGUUGAGAUGGUUGGAUUUCAACGGGGUAUGGCGCAGCAGGAUGGGUUGAUGCAGAGUUUGAUUGCGUAUUUUUUGGGGAGUGAAGGUGAGUGA